AUGGCGACCAUCCAGAUCGUCUCAGACCUCCAUCUAGAGGCACCCAAGGGCUACGACAUCUUCGAGAUUGUGCCGCGGGCACCACAUUUAGCCUUGCUCGGUGACAUUGGGAACGUUGCCACACAUAAGGACGAGCUUUUGGGGUUCUUGACCCGGCAACUACAGCAGUUCCGCACCGUUCUUUUUGUGCCAGGAAAUCACGAAGCCUACCACUCUAGUUGGGCUGAGACGCUGGCUAUCCUACGGGACUUUCAGGACCGAGUCCGGGAGGGCUUAUCAGCAUCAGAGGGCAGCGGCAGCGGAAGUGGCGAAUUUAUCUUGAUGGAUCGUACUGCGUUCCGGAUUUCGGAAAGUACCACCGUUAUCGAGAACCCAACGGGAGUGAAAGCCGUCGUAGUUCUCGGCUGCAGCCUCUUUUCCCACGUCCCCGUCCACCAAGAGAUGGCCGUGAGCAUCGGACUAAACGAUUUCUUCCACACUGACGAAGGGCAUUGGGAUGUAGCCGCGCACAACGCAGCGCACGCGCGGGACCUGGCUUGGCUCAACGAGCAAGUAGCCGCUCUUGAGCGUGAGGCUGAGACAUCUGGGCCGUUGGACAUUGUCAUUCUCUCACACUGGAGCCCGACGCGGGAUGUGCGUGCGGCCGAUCCGAAGCACGGGACAGACAGCCCGAUCGCAAGUGGGUUUUCGACGGACUUGUCGCGCGAGCGGUGCUUUAGCAGCUCGCGGGUGAAGGUGUGGGCGUUUGGGCACACGCAUUACAACUGCGAUUUUUUUGUCGAGCGUGCGGCCAGCGGUGUGGAAGGGAUGCCGUUACGGUUGGUGGCGAACCAGAGGGGGUAUUACUUUAACCAGGCCGACGGGUUCGAUGGGGAGAAGACGAUUGAGGUAUAG